AUGCAGCGGCAAUUCAAUUCAACUGAUCCUUCGAUUAUCAAGCAGCCCAAGUCGCUCAAGGGAAAGCUGCUUCCCUACCAGCUUCAAGGCGUCAGUUGGAUGAUGCGUCUCUUCGAAAAUGGGUCUCAUGGCAUGUUGGCAGAUGAAAUGGGUCUGGGAAAGACGAUCCAGGUGAUCGGUCUCCUCGCCUGUCUACGAGAAGCAGGCGUGUGGGGUCCGGUAUUGAUCAUCGCUCCCUUAAGUACUCUCGGGAACUGGGUGAGCGAGUUUGCGAAGUGGCUGCCGUCCGUUGAGGUUAUCAAAUACCACGGAACAAAGGAGGAACGCAAGCAGCUCCGAACGCAGUUGCAAGCAGAGGAAACAAAGAGAGGCAUGGAUAACGCGGUGUUCGUAACCUCCUACGAAAUGGUCCGAUUCGAUGCGUCUGCCUUUCAGCGAGUGGAAUGGUUCUAUUUGAUCGUGGAUGAAGGGCAUCGACUGAAGAACAACGAGUGCCAGCUAAUGCAAUGUCUGUUUACGUUCGCUCAUAGCCCGAACACCUCUCGUCUCAUUCUCACUGGAACGCCUCUUCAGAACAAUUUAAAAGAGCUCUGGUCUCUUAUGCAUUUCUUACUUCCCGAUGUGUUUUCAAGCGCAGCGGAUUUCUUAAAAUGGUUGGGUGUCCUGGCUUGCUCUGACCGUAGGUUUGAUUUCAACAACAGCAGCUCUGAAUCACUGAAAGCCGAUAUUGUAAACACUCUUCGAAAGGUGGUUUCUCCUUUUUUCCUUCGAAGAGUCAAGUCCGAUAUCGACAUUUAUCUUCCUCGAAAGGUGGAAGUUCUUGUUUACACGGAAAUGACGUCCUACGAGAAGGAACUGUAUAGGUUCGAACGCUGGUGUGAUCUAGGUAUGACAUUAUCUGCUCGUCUGAUGUCGACCUCUCGAAACUUCCGAAUGCAAAUCCUUCGGCAACUCGUCAGUCAUCCCUAUAAUGUCUACGAGGAAAAAUCGUCCUCUGGUUCUUAUAUUACAGACGAAUCGAUUAUUCAGAAAUCCUCGAAAUUAACUCUUUUAGACAAUCUACUCAAAGUUCUCAUUCCUAAAGGCCAUCGAGUUUUAGUCUUCGUUCAGUUUGUAGAGACUUUGCAUCUACUCGAAGAUUAUUGCACAUUCCGUGGGUAUGAAAACUGCUCCAUUCAUGGCUCUACACUGCAAAGCGAUCGAGACCAAGAGAUCAAAGACUUCCAGUCUAGAGAGGACAUUCCGAUCUUCCUUUUAACGACUCGCUCUGGAGGGUUGGGAAUCAAUCUGAGUGCAGCCGAUACGGUCAUUCUGUACGACUCUGACUGGAAUCCACAGCAGGAUAUCCAGGCGAUGGAUCGUGCCCAUCGACUUGGCCAGAAGCGGGACGUUGUGGUGUAUCGCUUUGUGACACUGGGAACGAUGGAUGUGCAGCUCCUCAAGAUUGCCGAAGAAAAACGGAAGCUGGAACGUAUUGUCACUCACCAUGAUCGUGCAGUAGUCUUCGCCCAUUUGUCUUAUGGAUAG